UCCAAAAAUCAUUUGGUAAUUUGAUGUGCAGAGAACAAAUAAUUUUUAAACAAGUUGCAGGAAAGCAGUUGUCAUUGAAAAGUCAGCUUUUUGUAACCAAAAUAUACACUUUGAUAGACUUUGUGAUGAGAGUAAAUUGCAAAGCGACUUACAAGUUGUUCAUCGAGAUAGAAAACGCUCCGAAAAUGCAGUACAAAAAAUUACUUAAUUUCUUCUUACUUUUGACGAUAUUCUUGUGUUACGGGAAAUGCAACAAUACAAAUCCCUACGACGUCGAUGAUUUCCAACAAACGUCGAUGAUGUUAGAAAAUGCGGAGAUGCGAAUCAAAACGGCUUUGAAGUCUGUCUUAAAGCCGAGUCUUCCUUAUCUGAUGAGAAUUUUCGAAGAAGUGAACGUAUCUUCACCUUGCACGAAGUCUUCCGUUCUCUUCCUGAAAAACUUGAUGAAACUAAAAGAGUGGCCUCUUCGAAUGAUUGAUUCUUUUGGAAAAUUACCGGCAGGAAUGUUAGGAGUAACACUAUGGAUAUCGGGAGAUUAUGACCAGUGUUUGGACAUAGAAAUUCCUCAAAAUAAAAAAGAGAUUACCGAUGAAGGAAAGAAACAGGUUCGAGGCAAAUACUGUGCCCUGACAAUUGGAAUGCCAGAAUCACUGAAACGUAUAGCAAAGUCGAUUCAUAAGUUGGAAAAUAAUUCAUUGAUUAAACUAGCAAAAGAGAUUAUUGUAAGUAUUAAAGUUUAA